AAAUAUUUCCUACAAAAUCCACUCUCCCUGACUGUACCGGCCUUGCUGCACCUGACUCACUCCGCUUGCUAAGCCAUCAGCCUCUUCAUUUCCUUCCCCACUUAGGUUUGCAAAAAGUACCUUAUCUAUCGCACGCGACCACGGACCACCUUCGAUUGUCUUCGCAACCUGUGGUACUACUUACUUCCUCCUUUCGGCCCAAGCGGGCUAUUGCUAUGGCCCCAAGUGCCCUUCGCUCAGCGGAGGCACAAUCUACAGACGGUGCUGCACCCAACGGCCAUUCUAUUCCAAGCGCGAUCUCAGAUAGCAAUCUCUUUGCUGGUAGUGUUUCUUCUAUCGGAAAUCUAGAUUCUUUGAGCGAGGGUCCUUAUGUCCAGUACGGUUCAGAUCUGAACGGCGGAGUCUCUGCGAAUGGACGGAGUGUUCCUAUCAACAAUGGAAGAGUUGGGAAUGCGUCAGGAAACGGCAACACUUUCAUCUCUGACAACUUCACUCCCCCUUCUUCUUUCAUUGAGAGUCUUGGAGGAUCAGGAGAGUCCGCGUCUGCAGAAAAACCAAACAUACUUUACAUUAUGGCCGACCAAAUGGCCGCGCCUCUUCUCAAGAUGCAUGAUGCGAACUCACCCAUCCUCACUCCCAACAUCGACAAACUGGCGCAGUCUGGUGUGGUCUUCGCCAGCGCAUACUGCAACAGCCCUCUCUGUGCGCCGUCCCGGUUCUCCAUGUGCACCGGACAGCUCCCCUCAAAGAUCGGCGGCUAUGACAACGCGUCAGUACUUAACAGCGAUGUCCCCACUUAUGCUCACUACCUUCGCCGAGAGGGUUAUGAGACUGCCUUAGCCGGCAAGAUGCACUUCAUCGGACCCGAUCAACUGCAUGGCUUCGAAAACCGAUUGACAUCUGACAUCUAUCCUGGUGAUAUGGGCUGGACAGUUAACUGGGACAGGCCAGAGGAGCGUCAGGAAUGGUAUCACAAUAUGAGCUCCGUUAUGCAGGCAGGCCCUUGCGUUCGGUCCAACCAGCUCGAUUACGAUGAGGACGUCAUGCACAAGGCAUCGCAGUAUCUAUACGAUCACGUUCGCCAAGGCCCCGGUGUUCGAUCCUUCGCGCUGACCGUCUCCCUCACCCAUCCUCACGACCCUUACGCCAUGACUCAGGAGUAUUGGGACAAGUACGAGGACGUCGAGAUUCCACUUCCCAAAGUGCACAUCCCCCAAGACCAGCAAGAUCCCCACUCAACUCGUUUGCUCAAGGCCGUCGACCUUUGGGACAACCCGAUCCCAGAGGAUGCUGUUAAGCGCGCUCGACGAGCCUACUUCGGGGCUUGCACCUUUGUCGAUGAUCAAGUCGGAAAACUCCUCACGAUCCUCAAGAACUGCCGUCUCGACAAGAAUACCAUUAUUGUCUUCAGCGGCGAUCACGGAGAUAUGCUCGGUGAGCGCGACCUAUGGUACAAGAUGUCGUGGUUCGAGAUGAGCGCCCGAGUUCCACUGAUCGUCAACUAUCCGUCACGCUUUACGCCGAAGCGAGUACAUGAGUCCGUUUCAACUUUGGACCUACUACCCACGUUCGUAGAUCUGGCUGGUGGAAAUUCCAAGGCUGUCCUACCGGUAGAUGGAAACAGCUUGUUCGAAUAUCUCGUCACCGAUCGUCCUGGCCGGGACGAAGUGUUUGGCGAGUACAUGGGCGAGGGUACAAUUUCCCCAGUCAUGAUGAUACGUCGCGGCAAGUGGAAGUAUGUUACCUCCCCAGUUGAUCCCCCACAAUUGUUCGACUUGCUUUCAGACCCGAAGGAAGUCUUCAACUUGGCCAUCUCCGAUAAGCCGGAACAUGUACGCGCCUUGUCUGCUUUCCAGGACGAGGCGCAGAAGAAAUGGGACUUCAAAGCUAUCCAUGCGGAUGUGCUCAAGAGCCAGCGCCAGCGGAGACUGUGCUACAGUGCCUUGAAGAAAGGCCGCUGGGAGAGCUGGGACUACCAGCCUAUCGACGACGCGAGAGAGAAGUACAUUCGCUCGCACAUUCCUCUAGACGACCUUGAACGACGUGCUAGAUACCCUGUGGUCGACUACUUCGGCCGCGAGCAUACCGCCGCAGCCACUCACCACGGCGUUGCAGGAGCGAAGGGAGAAUGAUUGACGACAUAACGGUGCGAUAAUUUGCAUGCUUUCAUACUCUCAGAAUGAGGUUUAUAUAUACUUCAACAUGCGCAUUGACGGUGGGUAGUCAAGAUAUCUGCUUUCUUUCUAGUAGUCGGAUCUGCGAAGGGUUUCUCUCUUGCAUGCAUUCCGUUUGCAAUAUUUUCCAUGCCUGAGCGUUAGAGAAAGCGGAUACCACUACAGCGAGUCUUUUGGUUGCAUGUGUUUUGGCGAGGCAGAGCAUACUAAAUAUUGAAUUCAUGAAGUAUAUACCCAAAGUCCCCCUCUUCUCGAACUAAACAGCUUUUUGAAGAUGGUGGCCGAAGUAACGUACGUGUUCGUUGUCGGCCCCUUCCUCUCUAGCAGGCUUACUCAGCACCUUGUUGUAUAUUUUUCCUCCUUCCACUCAAUAGCUAGCUUCCUCACCAUCAUCAAUACGACAGCUUUUAGCU